UUGUUUAGUUGCACUGUUUUCUGUCUUUCAAAAAAGACCUUGAUGCCAUGUUUGAAUUAAAGUGUUGCAGCCAUACUUCCUACACCCACAUACAACACUAUAAUUUCAAUGUAACAGGGAUACAGCAGCUCAGAUUAAAAAAAACUUGACCACAGUUAAUCACUUUUGACAUGUAUAUUAAGAAACUGUUUAUGUCCUGCAGUGGGGAAACGCAGUACAACAAACUUGGCCUGCUACAAGGCCAGGCUAUCGACUCACCGUUGUCUGAGACCGGACUGCAGCAGGCGAAGGCUGCAGGACACUACCUCAAAGAUGUUAAAUUCAGCCAUGUCUUUGUCAGUGAUAUGUUGCGAGCCCAGGAGACUGCUGACACAAUAAUGAAACACAACAGUAGUUGUUUAGGUUUACAAAAGGCCAGUGAUCCUUUACUGAAAGAGAAGAGCUUUGGCAUAGCAGAGGGAAAGCGGAUGCUGGACUUGAAAGAGAUGGCCAAGGCAGCUGGUCAGUCGUUUCUAAACUUUACCCCUCCAGAAGGAGAGACCCAAGAGCAGGUGAAGGAGCGGGUCAAAGAGUUCAUGGAGAAAAUGCUCCAGCAGAUUGGGGAAGAACACUGGGAUGAUAACGGGGAAGAUGAAACUUCAAGAGAAACAAUUCCUGGAGGAAACGCGGAUGAUGGGGUUAGGGGUGUCCUGGUCCAUGCCCUCGUGGUCACCCAUGGAGCCUAUAUGGUUGUCGCAGUGAAAUAUUUUGUGGAAGAGUUACAUUGUCCCUUACCUCAGGGUUUAGACCGAGCACGUAUGUUCUCUCUGAGUCCAAACACAGGUCUGUGUCGGUUUAUUCUGACUAUAACUAAAGAGGACGGCAGGUUUAAGUUGUCAGGGAUCCACUGUGUGUUCAUGCACAGAGGGGAUCAUGUUCAACAGGGAGAGUUUAAGUAGAUGUAGCAAGGACGUCACAAUAAACAGGUUUAGAUACAGAUGAAAACUGAAAGGUAUGGAUGAGAAAACUUGAAAAAUACAGGUUAUUUUAUUUAUACAGCACAUAUUUAUUUUUUCUUCUUAAUCUGAGUAAAUGCAUGGUGCACCCAUAAUAGUGUUCAUUAAAAUCACAGGAUGUUUUUCCCCAGUUCUCAGUAAAGAGUGGACCCUGUGAUUUUUGCACCGACAAAAUUACAGUUCCACGAAGAUACGGUUGAGAUUUCUGAAAACAGUGGCAACUCUAGACAAGCUCUCACAGGGAGGGGACCGUCAUCUCCCUCAACAUGUUACUGUACAUCAGGGGUAACAAAUGUACGGCCUGGAGUCCAAAACCAACCAGCCAAAGGGUCCAAUCCGGCCCAUGGAAUGAAUUUAUGAAAUGAAAAAAUUACAAUGAAGAUACUAAUAAUUGAGGCUGUCAAAAUCAUUUUAGUUCAUUUUGUCUCAAGUUUGUCAGACCAGUGAAGUACUGUCAUAAAAACCUAUAAAUAAUGACAACUCCAAGUUUUUCUAUUUGUUUUACUGUAAAAAUACAUGA